CAUCCGCGACCGUAAAGGUCUCCAUUCGCUUCUCGCCCAGUAUGCCCGCUGCGAACGGGUGAGGCGCCGAUUCCGUAGCACCACGACACUCCGGAUACAUCAGCGCGACGGCAGCUCGGAAUCCUUCUGUGAUCCCGUCCCUCUGGUUCUGGGGACGCGCAUGCCUGCUGUGCGCACCCUCGUCUUCUGCGGAUGCAUACGCCCGUCUAUGCAUCCGACCUUCGCAAAGGGCUUACGCCUCUUCGAAUCUAUCCGUUGCCUCGAGCUCUCAACCUUCAUAUUGGGCAGCCUCGGAGAACUAUAUCGCAUGCUCAUUGGGUGCCCUUUGCUCGAAGCGUUGAUCCUACGCAAUGGGCGAUACAGGUCGCCAUACCCCGCUCAAACGGCCGCUCCCUCACGCACGCCAUCGCAAAAUGUACAUCUUCCAAAGCUCAGGCGGCUCGAGCUGCGCCACCUUGAAACUUCCUUGUUCGUCUCGCUGGUGGACUGGCUCUCGCGUACAGCGUGCUCUAAAGACAUCACGCAUUUGGCGAUCUCCGAGUUUGCUGGCGUCGGUGCCCAGCUGUCGACACGACUUCUGCAAGCAAUAGGUCCUUCGUUGGAGCAGCUUUGUCUAGUGGAUAUACCGAUGCGCCCGUAUCUCCACGCCGACGACGACGCCCCUAAUUUGGGGUUGAACUCUAACAUCAUGCAAGUAGAUGCUGAGAUCAAGGCGGCUGACUGCGAGUCGAUCAAAAGUCUGACUUCCCUCAUGAUGCCGCCAGACUCAGAUGGUGACGCGGACUACCGCAUGCAUUUCAUGCGGUCCUGGUGGCUGAUUAUCAGGACAGUACCAUAUCCCGCGCGACAAAGGAUUCACCUCAACUUCAUCCGAAUGGGAUGGGAUCUCUUCGCCCGGGCACACUCGGAGCCCAUCAAGACAAUAAUGCACGAGGAGGAUAUCGAUCUGGUUCGCCUACGGUUUUGGGACGGUGCACCAGUUGGUGGGCAUAACCCAGGGGCCUCCAGGCGCAUAUGUUGCUUCGAGGUCUACCGGCGCUUCGCGGACGGCAGAGUCGUUCAGUCUCAAUGUGGCAAAGAAAUCCGGGGUGACGAUGCAUACUGGGUAACACGGGUGUUUGAGCUACACAUGGCCUCGCAUCACCUCCCUCAGAUCCGUCAAGAGCCUCAGGGUACUCACUUUGUGUCUGUUACCAACUGCAGGUGGUUGUACCCCGACGGCAUGAUCUGCGACCAGAUGAUCAAGGUUCACUCCGAUGCCAGGCGGCCAUGCUAUGCCCUCGCACAACAUGUUGGCAAGAAGACCGACCACUUUGCGUUGCACCUAGCUCGCUGCCAGCGAGAAGACUGCGGCUGCAACAAGGAUUUCCCUAGCUACGACGCAUUGGCGAGGCACCACAGGAGACUCGACGAACGUCUUAACUCCUCCUGAAAACGAUGAGGAGCGGCGCAGCGCCCGAAACGUUAUGCCCGCCGCGCCGGACGCGACAGCCUGAGCUCCUCCCCGCAUCGUCUUCCCACACGUUCUGAUUUGCUCGUUAUUAUCAGCUUUCUUCUGCUACUAAGGUCCCAGAGGCCAGUGUGCCACUAUCGUACGAGAAAGCCUUGCAAGAGCUGUUGAAUGCGAUUCUGCGUGCGUUCAAUCGCUCGUCCCAGUCAGGGGCUCAACUUGGUAUACAAGAGGUUUACUAGAGCCAUUCUCGAAUACUGUGCCCUAGCAUCUG